GCCGCCGGCCCUGCGUGCGCCUGCCGGGCCCGGCCUGGGGAACCGCUAUCCUGUACUGUACCGCGUCCUGUUGCGCGCCGCGACCGACCGAACUUGACGAUUUCGGAGCAUCCCGCCAUCAGCAAGAUCCACAAGAUCACAAGAUGGCGACGACUUUCUUGCGGAACUUGUUUUCGCAGGCGCAGCCGUCGCUGCUACGACGGCCGCUGAUGCCAUCGUCCUCUUCCAUCCUUCCUGCUGCUGCGCGGUUGUUCUCCAGCACUCCGGCGCAGAAUGCCACUCUUAACCAGGUCAUGAGGGGUUGCCGUAAGCCCCAACGUGCUCGCCACGCCGUCUCCCCCGCCCUGUCCUCCAUCAAGUCUCCCGCGCUCAAGGGUGUAUGUGUCAAAGUCGGCAUCACGCGUCCCAAGAAGCCCAAUUCGGGCGAACGCAAGACUGCCCGUGUCCGUCUUUCCACGGGUAAGGUCAUCACGGCCUAUAUCCCCGGCGAGGGCCACAACAUUUCGCAGCACAGCGUCGUGCUCGUGCGUGGCGGCAGAGCCCAGGAUUGCCCUGGUGUGAGGUAUCAUCUUGUUAGAGGUGCUUUGGAUUUGGCCGGUGUUGCUACUCGUAUGUCUAGUCGUAGCAAGUACGGUACCAAGAAGCCCAAGAAGGCCUCUGUUGGUUAAGCAGCUAGCACAACAGAGCACAAUUGAGAUGAUACCCCCCCUGGUUACAUGGCAGUAGGAUGAUGAUGAUGUGAUGUGAGCGUGGUGGAGGUGGUUAAGCUUCAUCCAUGUAGUUCAUCAUUCCGCAUCCUAAACUAUGUGUCCGUGUACUAUAAGGAAAUAAAAGGUGCAUGACAGGAUA